AUGGAGAAUAUCUUUGGCACAAAGAAUUUGGUCGAUGAGAUGUUGUAUAUCUACAAUGGUCUGUGGACCACUACAUCAUUAGGCUACCGAUUCAUGUAUAGGCUGGAUUUAAAUAGUUUACGUUAUACCUAUUAUCUGAUUUCACCGAAUGAAAGCAUGGUUGAGACAAUUGAUGAAGUGCCUAAUUAUAAUGUGGAAGUUAGCGCAUGGUGGUUGGUUUUUAUAGUUCUCGAGUUUUUAUAUUUGAAGUUCAGAAAAUUCGAUAACCGUUUUGCUCUUAAUGAUUCGAUAACAUCGAUCUGUGCUGGAAUGUUAUCACAAUGUUUUAAAUUUGGUGGUCGAACAAUCGCAAUAUUUUUGUAUGUAUAUAUAUGGAAUAAUUUUCGAAUAGUUGAAAAUCCGUGGGACUCAGUAUGGACAUGGAUAUUUUGCUUAUUCUUCCAGGAUUUUAUGUAUUAUUUAGGGCAUAGAGCGGUGCAUGAAGCGGGAUUUUUUUGGGGUCUUCACGUUAUGCAUCAUAGCUCUGAAUAUUAUAAUUUCACGACUGCUUUACGUCAAGCUGCGAUUCAAGAUGCUGGCCUAGCAAUAUAUGACGUACUACAGGCAUUUUUUAUUCCACCACCUAUAUUUCUCGUUCACAGAUAUUUCAGUGAAAUUUAUCAAUUUACUCUUCAUACAAGCUUAUUUGAUACCUAUGGACCUCUCGGCAUUGUUCUAAAUACACCAUCACAUCAUCGUGUGCACCAUGGCAGAAAUCCAUAUUGCAUUGACAGAAAUUACGGUGGUGUGUUCAUAAUUUGGGAUAAGUUGUUCAAUACUUUUGAAGCAGAAAGAAAAGACGAUCGACCUGUUUAUGGAAUUGUUAAAAAUGAAAAAAAUUUUAAUCAACUCUGGCUACAAUUUCAUGUAUUAAAAGAGUUGCUAUUCGAUAAAUGGCGAACGAAAGAUGAGAAAGGCCAAGAUAUAUUUAAAGGUUUCGAAAAAAUUAAAGCCUUAUUCUACCCGCCCGGUUAUUUUCCUGGAAUGAAAGUUCAAAGAUAUUUUCAUUGGUGGUCACUGGUUGAUAACCAGGAAGGAAUACCACAAAUUGAAGCGAAUGUAGUGAAAUACAAUCCCCCAUUAUGUUUACCACUAAAACUUUAUUGUUUUUGCCAUUUUUUUAUACUUUUGGCGACAUUUUUUCAUUUUGAAUUUGAUCGAGGUCAACUUUCCUAUACGCUAUUCACAAUGAAAUUAUUGUUUUUUGUUAUAACUAUGCAAUGCCUUGGUGGAUUUUUUGAUAAAAAGUUUCAUGCAUCCUUCCUGGAAAUAUUUCGUUGCACUUGUGUAAUAUUUUAUCACAUGGAAGCGAUAAAAUACAAUAAUUAUGCGGCGACACCAGCCCAAAUAUUUUCGAUAAUCAUGUUUACACUGAGCGCUUUAUUGUGGUUUGGUUACAAUCUUAUUGCUGUAUGUUCUUUCUUUAUUCACUGGUAUUUUAUAUUUAAACCACACUUCGUAUUCAAAUUUUUUCUAAGAGCAUUCAUUCCCUAUUUAUGA